AUGGUGGUCCUUAGUAUUUCUUUGGCCUUACUGGCUAGCCAUAUUCCCGGGGCAUUGGGUCUUGUCUAUCUUGCCAACAUCACGAAUACUCCCGAUGGCCUUUCCAGCUCCUGCAUUCAAGUACUGAACCAAGGCGUCAAUUGCGAUGCCGUGCUUCUGGAUAUUGAUGCGGCCUUUUACGAGACUGAUGCGGUGUUGAUUUCAUUGUGCACCACCGCUUGUACCACUGCUCUCACGACGUACCAGCGGAGAGUUGCCGGCGCAUGCGGCAAUAGCAGGUACACUGACCAUGAAGGGUGGUCGUAUCUAGCCACGUAUGACUUUCAGGAGCGUUAUGAGGCAUACCAAGCUGUUUGUCUCCAGGACUCGUCUGGUCGAAGAUGCAAUGCUGCAAUUCGCGACGCCCUUCACAUGGACCCAGAUGCGAUGACAACAUCGGCAGCCCCAGAGCCGACUCUUCCCUGCGACAAUUGCUUCCUCUCAAGCAUUGCGUUGCGCAUCCAACAACCUCUUGCAUCGGACGAGCUGAUAGCAUCGAAGUUUUCAUCUUUGACAUCGUCUUGCGGCAGCACCACCAUAGCCAUUACAACACCAGCAGAAACUACGUGGGCUAUUCCCCCAACUUCUGAACCUACAUCGACCCCCGAGUGCGUUGGGACGACGUACACCAUACAGUCCGGCGACACUUGCUUGAGCAUUUCCAAGAGUCGUGGUGUUAGUACUUCACAGCUGCUCACCGCCAACCACCUUCCGGCGUUCUGUUCCAACUUCCCCAGUUCUGGAACGAUCUGUAUUCCCGACAGCAUUUCUUGCAAAACGUACGAGAUGGUCAAGGGUGAUAAAUGCCGGGACGUGGCGUCGAGGAACGACAUCAGCUGGACGCAGGUCGUGACCUGGAACCCUGAGCUCGGUCAAGCUUGCGAAUACAUCGACAACUUUGCAUCUAGGGGCUACAUCCUCUGCGCCUCGAAUCCCGGUGGUUCUUGGGUUCACCCGUUCCCCGAGGACGAGGUCGACAUGCCUUCGCCCAAAACAACCGCGAUCCACCCCACGCCAACCGUGGAGUUUGAGACUUUUGAAGCCAUGCCGAGCCCAACGCGGGCAGAUUUACUUCCUAACUUGGGCGUGCUGAAUCCCCUUGCGAACGGAACACGUAAGGACUGCGCAAACUACGCAGAAGCGCCGAUUGAGCUGAAUGCUACGUUGACGUACGACUGCGAGGACGUUGCUGCGAUCUACGAUGUCAGCUUGGAUGAUCUCAAGGAGUGGAACCCGGAUCUUGCGAUCACCGCUGGCAUUGACAGCGAGUGCGAGCUCCAGGGCGGAUACCGCUACUGCGUGUCGCCCGACGAGCGACGAUGGCCGGAUAUGACCGAGUACUGCGUACGAGAGACCGUUUCUGAGCCCGGCUGGAGUUGCGCGGACUACGCGUUCUGGUUUGGGGUCAAUGUGACGCACCUCAACGAGUGGAAUCCGGAUAUUGGGACAGAAUGCGAGAACUUCCACACAGGUUACACUUUCUGCACGGGUGUCAAACAUUUCCGGCCCGCAGGUCAAGUCUCAAGCUGCACCCGUUGGGUCAUCGCAAACGCCACCGAAGCUGACACCAGUCCUUGCGAUCAGUUUGUGAAUAACAUCAAGAUCCCACAGGCUCGCUUUGUGGCGUGGAACCCCUCGGUAGGAUCGGAUUGUUCCGGAGUCGUCAAGAACUACGACUAUUGCGUUGCCAUUCCCUCUUGGUCGCCGCCGGCGUAA